AACGGACUGAUGCCGCAAGUGUAAUCAAAGAUAACAUUUUAUAUGUUCUUGGAGGAUUUAACAAAAAAGCAAUGCCCGAAAUAUUGUCCUUAGAUUUUACCACUUCAAUGACGACAGAUUCACCACCAUGGAAACGGCUGAAAGUCUCUCCUUUGGCAUUUGCAUCAAGCGAAGUGGUUCUAGGCGGUCCUAAUAAUAAUUUUCUGUUUGUUGUUGGUGGUGGUUUAAUUGACCCGGUUAGUGAAGUUAAAAUAGUUAAUGAACAAACUCUAUUAGAAUAUGAUAUUCUGAACAAUGAAUGGAGAAGAAUAUCAAUGUUAAACGCGCCCAAUUUAAAUCGGAGAGUUCAUUUUUCACUUAUAAGUGAUAAUAAUGGAAAGGCUUAUCUUCACGGUGGUUAUUCUGGCACGUUUCUAGGUGAUACAUAUUUAUUUGAUACUUUUUCAUUCAUCUGGACUCUGUUACCGGCACCUCAAAUUCCAAUAUUGGCAGAUGACUUUUCUUCCGUACUGUUAAAUGAUGGACGAUUGGUCAUCAUUGGUGGAUAUGGACCUCCAGAGAAUAAUGUUCUCGUACAUAGACCUAUUAGCCAGAUCGAAAUAUUUAAUACGAUUGAUAAUAGUUGGAGUAGACAAAUUGUACCGCAACCAAAAGGAAUGACCGACCACCGUAGAUAUCAUACAUCUACACUUCUUCCAAAUGGAGAUGUUGUAAUAGUCGGAGGACUUGAAGUAACACCCAACGUUGUAAUAUUAGAAACAACAAAAAUAUCAUUCCAAUGGAGAAUUCCAGUCAUUUCUGGGUUAGAAGCUCCAAUGCUUAGUGAACACUGUGCUGAACUUGUAGAAAAUAGAUAUAUAUUCAUCAUUUUUGGAAAGAAAACUGAUGUCCAACUUAGCAACAAACUCUACAUAUUUGAUACAGAUAAUUAUUCAUGGAUUACGAAUUUUUCACCAAACACAUUACCACAAUCAUCAUCACCAUCAUCACCAUCAUCAACAACAUCAUCACAAUCGACCACAACGCACGUCUCUUCAAUUACAAUUGUAUUAUCUAUAGUCAUAUCAGUUUUAAUUAUUAUUUUACUAGGAACAUUUGUAUUUUUUUAUAAAAAACUUAAAAACCGAUCGGGUAACGUUACUACACGAGCCGAAAAUACAAUAAGUAUACCUAGAGAUUCGCAAGAAGAAAAUACAAAUAUAAUAGUAUACCGAAAUGAAGUUAAUCAUAAUUCUGUAAAACGGAUGUUUAAGAUUUUUAGUCAAUGA